GCCAACACUCGGCUGUUCCGAUGGCACCAAACGCCAACCGCAGGUUCCAGGCUGAGUCACUUCUGGUUCACUGGCCAAGGUCCUCACUCCUAGAGCCAGCUUCUCACAGACAUUUGUGCAUGGCAUGGUGAGAGGCUCGCUGACGCCGGGGCUUUGGCUCUCAGCAGCAGCUCGGCUGGAUGCUUGUUCACAGCUCCGGCUGUUUGCCUGUGCACAGCUCUGCGGCACGUGCGCUUCCCAGCAGGAGCUCUGCAAUGCCAGCCACUGCUCAGGGAUGCUCGGAUGGUGGCACCUGUGGUGGGAGCAGCAUGGGAUGCUCCUGAGAUCAGAGUGGGACAGAUAUUGCCAUCUGAAAAUGACCAAGAGGUCCCACGUUUUUGCUUUGUUUAAAUCAGCUCCCAGUUUUGCAAAGCCCAGCCUGAAGGAGCAGUGAGGCAGUGUGCAGAAAGGUUUUACGAGCAGAUCUUCUCAGGACCUACAGUCUCGUCCUGGUUGACUUUAUGCCUCGUACAACUGAAAAACAGAAUCCCAGAAACUCAUGGAAAGCAGCAUGAGCCCUGAUUUCCUUGGGGAACUGGCAUUCAUCUAACUAACAGGGUAAGUGGGAAGGCAGGAGGGUGUCACCGCCCAAAAUGCUGUGUAGGACACGUUCAUUAAGUUUCAGCUCUUGCAGAUGCUCUGUUGCCUCCCUUGCUCUCACUUCUGCUGUGUCUGUGUUCCAGACCCUCUCCUCCCAUCCAAGGGUGCCAAGCCAGGCAUGGGACUGCUGCAGGGAGCCAACAGCACCCUCAUUAUGGAGAAGCUGGCAGUAGAUGAGAAGCUGUCACAGGGCUGGCACACUAUGGACUUUGUCACUCCCAGCCUGGAUCUCUCUGGGUCCCGCAGUGUUAUGAUGGACAGCACCAAGAUCCCAGGGGUCCAGGUAGUUCUGAUUGCUGCCUACUCCCUCAUCAUCCUCCUGGGGUUCAUUGGCAAUUCUUUGGUCAUCUACAUCAUAGUGAAGUACAAAACCAUGAGGACUGUGACCAACCUCUUCAUAGCUAACCUGGCCCUGGCAGAUCUGAUGGUGGACACCCUCUGUCUGCCUUUCACCCUAGUGUACACGCUGCUGGAUGAGUGGAAGUUUGGAGCUGUCCUUUGCCAUCUGGUCCCUUAUGCUCAAGCUCUGAGCGUUCACGUGUCCACUCUCACCCUGACUGUGAUUGCCCUGGAUAGGUACAGAUGUAUUGUGUUCCACCUGGACAGCAGGAUCUCCAGGAGGCUCAGCUUCACCAUCAUAGCCAUCAUGUGGCUGGCUGCAGCCAUCCUAGCAGGUCCUCUGGCCAUCUUCAGAGAGUUCCGCUAUGAGGAAAUCCCAUCUAUCAACCUCAAAAUGGCUGUCUGCUCUGAAAAAUGGCCUUCUGGUAAUAAUAGAGAUGCCACUAUCUACAGCCUGUCCAUGCUACUCCUGCAGUACGUUUUUCCUCUUGCAGUUAUUUGUUAUGCUUAUACCAGGAUCUGGUUCAAGCUGAAAAACCACGUCAGUCCCACAUCUCGAAAUGAAAACCAGUGCAGGAGGAGGAAGACCACCAAAAUGCUGGUGAUGGUAGUUGUGGUCUUUGCAGUCUGUUGGCUGCCCUUCCACAUAUUCCAGCUUGCCAUUGAUCUUGAUCUGGUUCUUAUCUUCCAUGAAUACAAACUGCUGUACACCGUCUUCCACGUGGGAGCCAUGUGCUCUACAUUUGUCAACCCCCUGCUCUAUGGAUGGAUGAACAAGAACUAUCGGAACGGCUUCCUCAUGUUCUUCCGCUGCCAGAACAAGCCAGAAAGCAUCCAUGCCGAAGGCUCAGUGCGAGGGAGGUCAUACAUCUUCAGGGCCAGCACCCUGAAUGGGAGCAUCAGGCACGCUGCUGGCAAUGGACCCACAGAGGUUUAGGGAUGAGGUGUUCACCUGCAGGACUGAGGCUGACUGAGUGGAGACAUUCUUGGUGAAAGCCUUUUUUGGGAAACAUGCUGCUACUGCAGCCGCAUAGAAAUACCUCUUGUAUCUCUCAGUACAAUAAAUCUGGUGUAUUUCUCUCUGACCACACAAAUGAAUUUUUUCUUUCUCCAUGAUGCAUGCAGAAUCACCAAAAAUCAUGGAAGGGGCUUCCGCCUACCCUCUUUCAGGCAUUUCCAUAUGCCAAAUUGGGUUGUUCAAUCUUUUACCUCCCAACACACAACACAUCAACAGGGAACCAAUACUGUUCGUCCACACGGCCCCUACCAAAAGCAUGAUGAUGCAUAGCUAAUGCAUGCAAGGGGAAGGAGACCUUGGAGCACGGCCGGUCAGUGCUAUUGCCCCACAGGCUGUGGCAGAGGAGCAGGUCUGUUGAAGCCACUCACUCUGUUAUUCUUGCACAGUGCUGGCAUGAAUCUGCA